AUGACGGUUUUUCUAGGCACGAGAUCGCGAACUGCUAGAAAUAGCCGCCACACUCACUACCAACUCAGCACAGUCAGAAGGCGCCUCGGCGUCAGAUUCAGAGCAGCAGCAUCACAGGAAACGGCAAACGCGGGGACGUCAGGGGCUGGAGAAGAAUAUUCGGAAGGGGAGAGGGCUGCUUCAAACGGAGCAGGGGAUUCCCCGCUCUCCACUCCCGCUGCUCACUCCGCCAACUCAGAGGAAGGCGGAGACGAUUCCGCAAUGGCGGGAGGGGACACGGGAAGGGGAGCAGACGGCGGAACAGACGCGCCCACGGCUACACCUGCCCAGAUGCUGACGCCACCACGAGCUGCGCAGUCGAAUACCAAGGCAAACACGAACGUCACUGAAACAGUUACCAUGGCAGCAGUGACACCGCCACCGUCAGCCGUACCAGUAAGAGCGCCAGCAGCCUCACCCGCAGCAACACCCUCAGCCACAGGUGCAACAGCAACGACUGCUGCAGCACUGCCCACGCACUCAGCAACGCCGGCGUGCCCAGACGCGGCAGCAGGAGGCUCGACGCUGCAGGACGGAGGGCCAGCAGCAGGGAAGAAGAAGGGAGUGACAGCAAGCGUUGAAGCCGGAGAGUGUGACGAAGGCGGAGUAGCGGGCGUGGCAGAUUCAUCGGCACUCGCAGCAACACCUGAGCCUCCGAGAAUGGGCGUGAAGGCGCUGGAUGCAACAGGAGCUGUACCUGUGGGUCAAUCAGAGCCGUCAGGCUCAGGCACGACAGCAGGAGCGCCCCGGACUACACCGGAACACAGCCAGCCACACAGCUCUUCCAACCAGAGAACGCCUGACAACUGCCCAAUGCCAGGGAUGCAACAGGUGGGAAGCACAAGCAGCCUCUUCGUACAGGACGGAGCUGCACGUCAUCCUACAUCAGCCCCCAUGGCCCCUCUGGCAAACCCCCCCUUCCCAGCAGAUCCCAGCCAAGCCCCUCCGUCCGCCAGCCCAAUGCCCGGGUUACUAACGGCGAGAGACCCGGGAGGAGCUGAUGCGGAGGUGAUGGCAGAGACCAACGCAGCUGACGUGGCACAGCGGGAAGACAACGCUGCAGCAGGGGAAAGCAGGGAGAGGGAGAGAGGGAUGGGGGUAGGGAGGGCAGGAGAGGAUGCAGCCGUACAAGUACCGACACCUUCGCAGCCAACAACGGCGCUAGAAACCACCGGCAAGGACAAGGCAGAGAGGGCUGAAGCACAAGAGAUAGGCGCUGCACACCCGGCACCGGCAGCGGAGCAACCUGAAGUAGCAGCGGCUAACGCUAGGGAGGUACCAACGGGGUCGAGGGUGGCGAUGAAUAUGAAGCUGGGAGAGGCGUUUGUCGUCACAAGCAGCUAUAUCAAAGACUUCAUGCUAGCGUGUGAAGGCACUGAGGGGCAGCCGAGUAGGGGAGCAGCGCCUACUGCACACCCUCCACCUGCCAAGCGACAAGACCAGAACCAACCGGUCAACCGUAGCGAUGGGACCACACCUGCAACGCAAUUACCGAACUCAAACGCAUCACAGAUCCAGGCCAGAGAUGAAGGGACAGCAGCAAACACACCGCUUGCACAGCCAGAGACGCAGCAACACCCGGAAAACAUCAACACGGACGCGCCUGCCAGAACCGACCGAGAACAAACCUUGACUCUCUACUGCCCUGUUGAGUUCGAUCCAUGGGGAGGAGAGGACGAGGCGGAGCAACCCAUGAGCCCAAGGAGCCAUCAAGACCCAGACGCCGACUUGGUGAACCUAACGCGCAGGGACAUCAAGAAGGCGGCAGCAGCGAUUAUGCGGGGUGAAGAGCUCGGGCUGAGGGGGCUGGGGGCGGCUUAUAGGCUGGCGGAAGGCGAUGAUCUCCCCACCGUAUGGAGCCGGCUGUUUGACGACCUGCAGCCGCUACUACUAGACAAGACACCACCUGAACCCCCGGCAGGCUUGCCUCCGGCUACCCUACGCGAAACCGUGGGCAAAGCACUCGAGGAGGAGCUGGCCUCGUUCCAGGAUAGUCUUCGUUCUUUCAGCAGGGUAUCGAACGGCCUGAAGGAGCUCCAGAAGCAGCUCAGGGAGGGUGAGGUGACCCACGCUCUAAGGAUCUCAACUCCGACGCUCCAACUCACCGACGCCGUCUUGCAGGAACAACUCAACCGCGAGCUUGAGGACCAGAUGAAGAGCUUCAAGACUAAAGCGCAUGUGACCCUGCUGGUCUACAAAGAGAGAGAGAAGGCGGUAGGAGAAGCAACGCUGGAGCUCUGGCAGAAGCGGGCACACGCUGGUUUUGAGCCAUUCUUGGAGGGAAACCCUCACCUCCUCAACGGUCACACCACACCCGGUACUCCAGCUGCUGACACCUAUCUUAAGAAGCUGGCUGCGGACUACUUAGCCCGUGGCAUGGCACGCGAGCUGAUGUGCCACGCUAGGGGGCAGCGGCUGUCCCACCUGCAACAGCACUAG